CAUAUGGAAUUCUUAUUUUGUCUAAGAUCGUAGAUGGGUUUGGAAGAACGUGUGUUUAAAUUAGUGACCGCAGUUUGAGUUGACACUGAAAGAUGGAUAAACCUAGCACUAGUCGUCAAUCGAUCGAGAAGGUGGAAAUAUUUGAAGUCCGAGAGCAUGUUCCUUAUCAAGCAGAAGUGACAAGGGCACCGGUAGCAUAUGAUGAAGAAAGUGGUGACACUUAUAACAGCUCGUCCUGGAGUUCCGCGUGGAGAGCCAUCUGCCAGCUGGUCAAUCUUCUUCAUCAUAUGCAGAUAGCCAUUGUAGUGUUCUGCUUAUGGCGGUUUGCCUUAACCUCCCAGCCAAAUGGAUCGAUCACGAAUUUGCAACUUCAUAUUGUUUUUGCGGGAACUGGUUACCAACUGUUUCUGGUCGAAUCUGUGCUGACAUUGCACAGACACAACUCAUGGUCAUUUCAGUUGCGUCAGGACAGCAAAAGGAUAAUUCACGGAUGUCUCCAACUCGUUGGCUCGCUUUUCGUCAUGGCGGGAACGUUUCUCGCAUUGUCAGAAGUUAAAAUGGUGAUCAACACAGCCCAUGGAAUUUGCGGUGUCAUCGCUCUCACAUUUACCCUCAUAAGUUUCGUGUCCGGAAUUCUAGCUUUGUUUUCGUCAAAAAUACGAUUACUCGUAAAAAGUGGUCCCAUCAAAAUUCUUCACAUAGCUGUGGGACUAUUUGCAGUAACUAUGGGUCUGGUCACCAUGAUUAUGGGCUUCAAUAUGGAUUAUUUCAGCGCUACACAAGGAGAGCUAUCCACGGCUCUGAUGGUUUUCGUUUGUAUUAUUCUAAUUUACGUGAUAGUUCAGCCAGUUCUGGAUUUGAUAUCAACAGCGAGGAACGCCUUGUGACUAGUUCAUGAAGCACAUUCUGUUGAUGGAGAUAGCAAUGCUUAAGAACGUAACGAUAAGAAAAAAAAAUGAUUAUUUUAUCCUAAAAAAAAAUAUGUAGUAAAAUAUGGUUAAGUAUUCAAGAGCCUUAUUAUUAUUUUUUAUUUAAUUUUAUAUAAAACGUAAGUUCAUGUUAAAGAUUCCUGUCGUAUUUGGUUGAAAGCAAAAAUAAUGUAUAUGAACAUAACAGCUUUAAUUCGUAACUGAAUAAGUUACAUUUUUAAAGUUUACAAAUUCUGUGUGGAGUAAUUAGGUACACUAUUUUAAAGUUUUUCAUCUGGUAAAAAAAAGUGAAUCUGAUUUAUAAGUAGACAAUCUUUAAUAAAUCAGUUUUGCACAGCAAUAGGUUGGGACUUGUAUUGUUAUUGUAAUAAUAAUAUUAAGUAGGUUAAGGUAAGUGUCCUAAUAUGCUGUAAGAAUGGUUGAUUUUU